AUGAAUGAACAGCGCGAUGCAUGUCUAGAAUGUGAUCGCAAAAGAAAACGCAUAAAAAAAGCCAAUGAAACUGAGGAAAAGCAUAAUGCGCGACUUGCAAAUGAUUGUGAACGUAGAGCACAAAGAAAUUCAACAGAGACAUCUGAGGAACAUAGGAACCAUUUUGACUGUGAAACCGAAAAAUGUCAAGAAAGAGUGGAAGAAACCAAUGGUAAACCAAAAGCAGCACAAAUGAUUA